GCGGCCGCGGGCCCGCCCGCUGGUUUGUUUUCGGUUCGGUGGGUUCAAGAUGACGGAGCCAGUAGCCUCGCCCGAAGACCCCUGGGUCAAGGUGGAGUACGCCUACAGCGACAACAGCCUGGACCCCGGGCUUUUUGUAGAAGGCACCCGUAAAGGGAGUGUAGUGUCCAGAGCUAAUAGCAUCGGUUCCACCAGUGCCUCUUCAGUCCCCAACACAGAUGACGAGGACAGUGAUUACCACCAGGAGUCCUACAAGGAGUCCUACAAGGACCGGCGGCGGCGAGCGCACACUCAGGCCGAGCAGAAGAGGAGAGAUGCCAUCAAGAGAGGCUAUGAUGACCUUCAGACCAUUGUCCCCACCUGCCAGCAGCAGGACUUCUCCAUUGGCUCCCAAAAGCUCAGCAAAGCCAUCGUUCUACAAAAGACCAUUGACUAUAUCCAGUUUCUGCACAAGGAGAAGAAAAAGCAGGAGGAGGAGGUGUCCACGCUACGCAAGGACGUCACGGCCCUGAAGAUCAUGAAAGUGAACUACGAGCAGAUUGUGAAGGCGCAUCAGGACAACCCCAGUGAGGGGGAGGACCAGGUCUCUGACCAGGUCAAGUUCAAUGUAUUUCAAGGCAUCAUGGACUCCCUGUUCCAGUCCUUCAAUGCCUCCAUCUCUGUGGCCAACUUUCAGGAGCUGUCAGCCUGUGUCUUCAGCUGGAUUGAGGAGCACUGUAAGCCUCAGACCCUACGAGAGAUUGUGAUUGGCGUCCUGCACCAGCUAAAAAACCAGCUUUACUGACUGGCCCUUGGAAACCUUCAGAACAGCCAGCAAGAGGCCCCUGAGUCUCCUUCUACUUGGCCAUGAAGCUGGUGGGCUUACGAGAUCGGACUGCAACGCCUCACACCGGUCAGCUGGUUUCUACUUGGUGUUUGGUUCUCUCACCCUGACCUCACCUUCAGUGGGCUGACGUUUUUGUUUGUGAAAGCUUGUGAUUAAUUUAUUAUAUUGACUGUAAAACUCACAUCUACCUAGUCUGCCCUCCACCCCCAGCUUCACAGAAGUUCUCAGGACGGAGGUCUGCUCUGGGUACCCCAAAGAGCCCCUGGCCUUUCAGCCCUUUCUCCAAGCCUCAGAUUUCUGCUCAUGAGCUACAUGUAUUUGGAAACUAUUGUUUGCCUCUGUUUUGGUCUUUUAGAUAGCAUUUGGCCCAAGUUUGGAUGGGAGAAAAGGAGGAAGCGGAAAUACUUCCACAGCCAUGAAGGGCAAAAGAUAGCCUCAUACCUAGGCUAGGGCUGUUUGGUCAGUCCAAGGUCACCAGGGAUUUCCCGGCCAGCCCAGGGCAGGGCUACCACGUUCCCGCCCUCACCUCAUACUCCAUCCUCUCUCCCUUCCUCCCCUGCUCUAGGCAAUAGGGGGAAGCAACCUCUCCCUGUUCCCACAGGCGGUAGCACUUCACAGCAAAGGCAGGUGUGACACAGUACUACGUAUUUACAUUUUUUUAUUUUCCUAAACAACAAUGUAAUUUUGCUAAAGUUACAAUUUUGGAAAAUGAGCUGGGCCUCAGAACCACUCCCAGCCUCUCUUGUGAAGUUUGUCUGUGUUUCCACUUUUCUCUCAGUGCUGCCUGCAAUUCUCCCAGGAUUUAGGGGUGG